AUGGCCUCAAAGCGUAAGGCCUCCCAUGAAUGGGUUUCGCAGGCCAAAAGGCUACACCAGGCCGCGAUGGAUAACGACGACCGGAUCUACGAGGAAGCCCAUUCAGAUGCUGAGUACUCGGCACCGGGGACACCCAGUGCAGCGGACGAUGACAUGCUUGAUACACCGGCGACGCCAUUCUCGACUUCCUCCUCCCGAUACCCAUCAGAACUCAAAACCCAUCGCUGUCCAUUCGAGGGCUGUGACAAGGCCUUCAAUCGCCCUGCUCGACUUCAAGAGCACAUUAGAUCGCACAAUAAUGAGCGGCUAUUUCAAUGCACCUUCAAGGGCUGUGACAAGACCUUCUUGCGGGCUUCGCAUCUCACUCACCAUGUGAAGAGUGCCCACACAGGAGUUAGGGACUACGUCUGUGACCGCCCAGGUUGCGGUAAGAGCUUUGUGACAGGCUCGAGACUCCGUCGUCAUAUUGCGGCGCACGACGGAAGAGACAAGUACCGCUGUACGGAGUAUCCGCCAUGCGAAGAGACCUUCCGAAAGCAUUCCACUCUCCAGAAACACAUUACGACAGUGCAUCUGAACAAGAAGCCGUUUCCGUGUGCUUUUGUCGACCCGGAAACUGGGAAGAAAUGCCAAAUGGCAUUCGAUACGGCGGGCCAUCUUCGAGCUCACGAGAGCCGGGUCCAUACGGAGAAGAGAUUUAGCUGUGAGGAGUGCUCCCAACACCUGCAAGAGCAAGCAUCCGGCAUGGGUACUUUCGACCCUGACCACGACUAUUCGGUCACAUUUCCUACGUACACCAUUCUUCAAGAGCACAUUCGAACUGUUCAUCCUCCAAAAUGCCCCAACUGCCCCAUCGUCUGCUCGACAUCCCGAGAAUUGCGUCGCCAUCUUGAGGUAGCUCACGGAGACGUCAGCCUCGAGGAGAGGAAGGUCUUUCCCUGCACCAUGGAUGGUUGUGACCGCAGCUUUACCAAGAAAGGAAACCUGACGGUCCACAUCCGUACCGUCCACCAGGGGGAGAAACGGUUUGGAUGCGGCGAGACAGACCUAUCCGCCUCCAAGAAAGUUGAAGGAUGGGACGGCAUUGGUUGCGGGAAGCGGUAUGGCAGCAAGCUCGCACUAGAAGAGCACGUCCGCACCGCCCAUCUGGGAUACCAGAAUGCCAAGGCCGAGCGGCGCCAGCGACUGGGCAUCGAUACUUCGUCCAGUGGUGGCCAUAUCUCUACACUGGCAGCCUUGACUGGCCAGGGCUACGCCGAGGAAACAGGCCGACACAUCCCCUGCUUCUACGACUCGUGCGAGCACCGAUUCCACCGCGAUUAUGAUCUGUGGGUGCACAUGACAGCCAAGCAUGGGUGUUCCGAGGACGAAGUUCAGGGCCUGUUCAUGCAGCGUGCCUUGCUGUCCGACAAGUCCGGCCCCGGUGGCAAUGCACUUGGCAUCUACGGUCUCGAGUUCGAUCACUCCGAGCCUUCUUACUCACAUGAGUGCACACCUGCCAACGGUGUAUCGGACGAGAAUCCUUUCUUCCCACAGCAAAACGACUUGUCCAGUUUUCCUGAGCACAAUGGCCCGGACCCUGAUUUCCUUAUGCAGGAUACCUUUUCUGCGGAUGUUGAGCGCAAUGUUGAUUCUAUGAUACCCAACCAUGAUGAGAUGGCGCUGAUAGACCCUGUCCUUGCUUACCACUUAAUGGAGAGAUGA